CACGUGCCUGUCCACCUAUCAACAGCAAACGUCGAUCCAACCGCUGGAAUCGGAUCCGACGGGCCUCCUCUUUCCUUGGCGCACACCGCUCCCCGAUGCACCCACCCGAUCCGCUUCCAAACGGUCGAAUUUUAUAUCGAAAACGCGUUUUCUGAAACAGGCGCGUGGGGACGGCGACGAUGCCGUAAGCAGAGCACCGGUUUUAAAGUCUCGAUCGAGUCUCCACCACAGUACCACACCUUCAAUUCAACAAUGGAGCUUGUUCCGAUCCCAUUUCUGACGUUCAUCGUGAGGAUUUCCCUCCUCUGCCAGCAUUUCUAUGCCCUUCUCCGCCUCCUCUUGCCUUCGUCUUGGCAGCCGCCGAAACCGCCGUCGCUUUCUUCGACUGCUAUUGCUACCAAAAGGGAAGCUUCCGCCGUUACACCGCCGUCGGAACUGACGCGCGUCUUCGAGAUGUUCGACCGCGACGGCGACGGGCGCAUCAGCAAGCAGGAGCUCUGCGACUCGCUCGAGAACCUCGGCAUCUACAUCGCCGACGCGGAGCUGGCGGCGGUGAUCGAGCGGGUGGACGCGGAUGGCAACGGCUGCGUCGACGCGGAGGAGUUUGCGGCGCUGUACCAGACGGUCAUGGAGGGCGAGGCGGAGGAGGCGGAGAUGCGGGAGGCGUUCGAGGUGUUCGACCAGGACGGGGACGGGUUCAUAGCGGUGGAGGAGCUGCGGGACGUGCUGGGUUCGCUGGGGGUGGCGCAGGGGAGGACGGAGGAGGCGUGCAGGCGGAUGAUCGGCAAGGUGGACGUCGACGGAGACGGGAGGGUCAGCUUCGUCGAGUUCAAGCAGAUGAUGAAGAGGGGAGGAAUCGCCGUGGCCAUGAACUCAUAGUAGCCGGCGGUGAUCGGAGGAUUUAAUGAAUCGGGCAGUUUAUUGUAGAUAGUGAUGAAGAUGAAAAAAAUCAGGGGAAGAAAAAAAUAAAAAUUAAUUACUUUUAGAAAAGAAAAAAAAAGGGGUAAUUUUUUAUCACUGAAAAAUAGUAAAGCUCCAUCGACUUCUGUGGCCAUGUUCACUGCUCGAAGUCAGACUCCACUAUCAUGUACCAAUCUUGCUUUUUUCCAGUCGAUUUCCACGACAAUGUAAUCCAUUAUCCAUCCCAUUUCCCAAGUCAACUCCAGGAACCAGGACAAUGAUCAUGGCUUAGAGUUCAUCCUCAACAGGAUGAGUAGCUUCUUUAAGCAUCCUUUCUAUUCACUUUUGCCAAUGAAAUUAACGUUGCAUUCAUGUGGAAUGGAUUUUCAACUGGUGGCAAUCAUGAUUCCUUUCCUCUGUUUUCUUGUGGCCUUGAGUGUAAUGCAAGUUUCUUAAGAAAA